CCUCUACAUCCUCAAUUCAGGGCAAAAGGGAGCAGUCUGUCGUCUUUCCAUCAACAAAUGUAAAGAUUUUACGUCGCUGCGGCUGCACCCCGGGGCGUUUCCACCUGUUUUGAAGCAGAUAACCCGACGGAGAAUGUGUUAAGAUGUAGCCCGUGUCUGUGGUGCUCUGUUUAGUCAGGUGUGACACACGAAGUCUCCGGGGAGACCUGUUGUCUUGAAUCGGCACCAAGAUCAACGACUUCAAACUGGCUGAAAUGGAUGAACAAAGUGUUGAGAGCAUUGCCGAGGUGUUUCGCUGCUUCAUCUGCAUGGAGAAGCUGAGGGAUGCUCGCCUCUGCCCACAUUGCUCCAAACUCUGCUGCUUCAGCUGCAUACGACGGUGGUUGACGGAGCAGAGAGCCCAGUGUCCACACUGUCGAGCGCCACUCCAGCUGAGGGAGCUGGUGAACUGCCGCUGGGCGGAGGAGGUCACACAGCAACUGGACACCCUGCAGCUCUGCAGCCUCACCAAGCACGAGGACAACGACAAGGACAAAUGUGAGAACCACCAUGAGAAGCUGAGUGUCUUCUGCUGGACCUGCAAGAAGUGCAUCUGUCACCAGUGUGCUCUGUGGGGAGGGAUGCAUGGCGGCCACACCUUCAAGCCUCUGGUGGAGAUUUACGAGCAGCAUGUGACCAAGGUGAAGGAGGAGGUUGCCAAGCUCCGCCGGCGCCUCAUGGAGCUCAUCAGUCUGGUGCAAGAAGUGGAGCGGAACGUGGAGGCCGUGAGAGGAGCGAAGGACGAGCGCGUCAGAGAGAUCCGCAACGCCGUGGAGAUGAUGAUCGCCCGUCUGGACAACCAGCUGAAGAACAAACUCAUCACUCUCAUGGGCCAGAAGACGUCCUUGACCCAGGAGACGGAGCUGCUGGAGUCUCUCCUGCAGGAGGUGGAGCAUCAGCUUCACUCCUGCAGUAAGAGCGAGCUGAUCUCCAAGAGCCCGGAGAUCCUGCUCAUGUUCCAGCAGGUGCACCGGAAGCCCAUGCAGUCCUUCGUCACCACGCCCGUCCCGCCAGACUUCACCAGCGAGCUGGUGCCUGCCUACGACUCCAGCACCUUCGUUCUGGUCAACUUCAGCACUCUGAGGCAGCGAGCCGACCCGGUCUACAGCCCUCCUCUGCAGAUAUCAGGCCUCUGCUGGAGACUCAAAGUCUACCCGGACGGUAAUGGAGUUGUGCGUGGAAACUAUCUGUCCGUGUUCCUGGAACUCUCUGCCGGGCUUCCGGAAACCUCGAAGUAUGAGUACCGUGUGGAGAUGGUCCACCAGGCCUCCAGCGAUCCCACCAAAAACAUCAUCCGGGAGUUUGCCUCCGACUUCGAGGUCGGGGAGUGCUGGGGCUACAACCGGUUCUUCAGACUGGACCUCCUGGCCAGCGAGGGCUACCUGAACAUGCAGACGGACACGCUCGUGCUCCGCUACCAGGUGCGCUCGCCCACCUUCUUCCAGAAGUGCAGGGAUCAGUACUGGUACAUCAGCCAGCUGGAGUCGGCCCAGAGCGGCUACAUCCAACAGAUCAACAACCUCAAAGAGAGGUUGGCCAUUGAGCUGUUUCGGCGCCAGACGUCACGCAGCUCGUCGCCUCCUGACCUGCGACCCGCCACGAGCACGACCACCUCUGAGCGAGACCCCCGCUCGGUGAAGAGUGACGACGACCUCCAGUCCACCCUGAGCAACACCAAGAAAGGCGAAGACGAAGAGAGGACCCAGCACGACGACUCCAACGAGCUGUCGGACGGCGACCUGGAGGUGGACUGUCUGACGGAGGAGGAGGUGAACCCGCUGGACGGCAGCAGCACGUCGGGCAGCUCCACCGCCACCAGCAACACCGAGGAGAACGACAUCGACGAGGAGACCAUGUCGGGGGAGAACGACGUCGACUUCAUAGGAAACCUGGAGACGGAGGAGGGAGAACUUCCUGACGACCUGGCCGGAGCCACAGGUGGAUCCAGCUCCAGCAUCCGGUCGCUGCACCGCAGCGCGGCAGCGGCCGCCGCGGGCCGCGGAGGCGCCAGCGGCGGCGGCGCCGUGGGGCCGAGCGGCAGCAGCCUGCUGGAGAUCGACCCGGUCAUCCUGAUCCAGCUGCUGGACCUGAAGGAGCGCAGCAGCGUGGAGUCUCUGUGGGCCCUGCAGCCCCGGCCCCCCGUGUCCCUGCUGCACAGCCAAGCUCAUUCUCACUCCAGGAAAGAGCGCGAGCGGCGGCCUCAGGUGGUGCGGCGGUCCGCUCCGGACUCGGGGGUCCUGAUCCGCCUCAAGGCCCAGAUGGCCGAGGUCCGCAGCAAGAUGUCCGACGUCAAAAGCCAGGUGCUGGAGGCCCGGGGCCCCGGGGAGCCCCGGCCGGGCCCGUCGGGGGCCUUCGGCAUGGAGGAGACGCCGUCUCACCACGGCGACUCCGAGGCGUCCGCCUGCCGUAAGACGGGCGAGCUGGACCUGGUGGGGAGAGCGGCCGCCUCUCGGUCCAGGCCCUGCCGGCCCGCCAGGAAGUCCCUGUCGCCGGUCCUGGACAGCAGCGGCUCUCUGGUGGUGAAGAGGAGGAGUCUGGAGGAGAUGGACAAAGACCUGCGAGGAGCCGAGGCGGCGACCGAGCUCGGCCUCGGUCCCAAAGAGGGGCCGGGAGCCGCAGAGGGAGUGCUGAAGGUGGACGGCCUGCAGGGCCCGCUCCUGUCCCUGGGCGUCUCCUCCUCGGCGGAGCAGCAGCUGUACGGCGCCUCGGGGUCCAGGGACGACAUCUUCUCCCUGGGGGGGUCCGGCUACAUGAGCGCCGGCAAGACGUGCGUCAGCAGGACGCUGGGGGCGGCCAUGUUGGACUGCGAGUCUGAAAGCUCAGGGAACUCCCAUCAGUCCCUGCUGGAGGGGCCCUCGGCUCUGUCACAGUCAAACGGAGGUGGGAUUUCAAAUCCACCGCCGUCCGUCCUGGUGGCGGCGACGAGCAGCGACAGCGACACGGAGGACGAGGCGCUGCAGAGCAGCAACUCCCGCUACGACAACCACACGCCUCCGUGCACAGGAGAGCAGCUCCUGUCCGAUGACGCCAGUCUGCCGGCCGACAGGUGAUUCUCCACACAGUGACUCCAUGAAGACGCCACACACACUUAGUCUGUACAGUAGAAGCUGCUUGUUAUGCAUGAAGUUAUGGAAUCUGUUUCCCGCCCGCCGACACAUCGGCAGCGGUGAGCGCAGCAGCGUCGCGCUCUCAUGUUGACGUUCUGUGUUCCUCUCGGAGAUGUCAGCGCUUCUCAGGAAGUACUGAAAGGACGAGUGUUUGUGCAAUAAUCUCUUCACAUAUUUAAGGCAUGAGAACUGUUGAAGUGUCGCUCACACCUGCAAGGACAAUUAUUUAAUCCACCCUCAGCACUGGUCUGUAUCUGUGUAUGAAUAACUUUUGUAAAUCUGACCGCCGAGCCGCAUACAUGAACGACCUGUGUUCAGUGUUUUCUACCGUUUCCCUUCACUCGGUCCGGUGAGUCUGGGCUUCAGGCUCCACGCCCACUCAGCUUCCUUCAGCCUGCGUCUCCCAGCAGCAGCAGCAGCAGCAGCAGCGAGUCGCUUUAUUCAGCGGCACGCCGAUCUGUCAGCAGCUUGAAGUUCAGCUUUUUUUUUUUCCUCCCUUCCUUUCUGAGGUGAGCAGGUAAUUUAUGUAAAUGUGUUCACUCCUAAUAGCAGUCGGCUCCCAGUUGACAUUUAAAAAGGGUGAACGAUCAGCGACUCGCACGGGUUAUGAAACUGGCGUCUGUGGGCUGAAGCCUGCCCGGCCAGGUGUUUUUAACCCCAACAUCUGCGCAGACAUCCGACCCCCUCCACCACCCACCCCCGAUACAGGUCCUACGUACCGCAGACAAUCCGCCAGCAGAUCGGCGCCACUCGCCUGUCUGUCUGGAUCUGAAGCAUCAGCUGCUCUGAACUCUCCACAAACACUAAAUACCUCAAACCUGCCGUUCAUGAGCGAGGGACACUCCGAUCUGCUUCUAUAGCCUCAGUUCAGCCAGAGAAACACCGAAUUCAUCAGCUUCUCUUCCUUUAUUAGCUAAAAUAUUGCCUUCAAUUACUGAAAUCUGACUGUUGAUCCCAAGCUAUUACCUUCAUCCACAAAAGAAAACCUUGAUUUAUUCAAAAAGCACAAAGGUUUUCUGGUGAUGGAGACGUCUAAAAGGUCAGGCUCUUUAGUUUUACUUUAUGUCCCGUUGAAGUCUCACUGUUUCAGGAGCAGUGUUGUUUCUAAAAGGUUUUUUUUAUGUUGCUCGAGUUAAAAAGGAGCUGCAGAGGCAGAUAUCCUCCUUUAAGUAGUGCUAUUUAUUUAUUUUCUCACACUUUCCUUAAAGUCAGUGUAAUUAUAUAACAUGUUCCCCUGCACUUAUUUUUUUUUUUUAAAUAAUCCUAACCCACACUGGUUAAUCCGCUGCGGCGACACUCUUCACCUCUCUGGGAGAAAACACACACACAGGCGGCUCGUUUCUGGAAGUGGAGCCGUCUUGACCGACCUUUGUAAGACUGUUUGACCUUCAGCCGGUUCCGCUUCACCCCUGCCGUGGCCGGUUGACGUUGUAACCGCGUGUGUGUAGGCGGCGGCGUGCCUGAUGUGCAUGGCUUCCCUGGCUGGAUUUCAACCCUCCAUCAGUCCAGACCAGCUCAUGGUGGGAUUCUUCUUCUGAAAAAGCUGUUGUGUGUUUGUGUGUGUGUUUUUUUUUUUAAUGUUUCC